UUCGAUAUACAUUCCCUCCAUUGAUCGUGUCUGCUGUCAAGCUUGCUAGAAGAUACAAGAUGCAAGAAGAACAAGAUGAGAUUUGGGAAAAGAAGACAUCAGCACUUUUCAGAUUCAUUCAUCAAGUAAUUUCUACUUUAUAUCACAAGUGCGAGGUAGCCGAAAACUGUCUUCAUUUGUUCUUAUUGGCAGGUCAAAGUGCCGAUGAAUGUGGAUUUGAAGAGAUUGCUUACGAGUUCUUUGUCGAGGCUUUCACCAUCUAUGAAGAAUCGAUUUCCGAAUCCCGUGCACAAUAUCAAGCCAUUACAUGUAUUAUUGGUGCAUUGCAACAAACACGUGUGUUCUCCAUCGAUAAUUAUGAUACGUUGAUCACCAAGGCAGCACUUCAUAGUUCCAAAUUGUUGAAGAAACCUGAUCAAUGUCGUGGUGUUUACCUCUCGUCUCAUUUAUGGUGGGCUACCGACCGUGCAUUGAUCGAAUCCGACCUUCCUGAGAACGAAAAGUCCUUGUUCCGUGACGGUAAGAGAGCAUUGGAAUGUCUUCAAAAGGCACUCAAGAUUGCAGAUAGCUGUAUGGAUCCUGUCACCAAUGUGGAAUUAUUUGUCGAGAUUUUGAACCGAUAUAUUUAUUACUUUGAAAAAGGAAACGAAGCAGUAACUGUCAAGUACUUGAAUGGUUUGAUUGAUUUGAUUAAUACCAAUCUUGGUAAUAUGGACAACCCAGACCAACAUCCUCCUACGCCCAAUUCCUCUUCCUUGGUGGAACACGAUGGACCUGUGUCGGAUUAUGUGCGUCGUCAUUUCCGUGCUACUUUGUUACACUUGCAAAACCGUAAGGAGCAAUCUUUGCGUACGGAUGCACCAGGUCCCAAAUACGAUGAAUUGGAUCUUGGAGAUAUCUAAAUCACAAAAAGUUUGAAUAAAAUCCAUUCCCAUACUCUCUCCCUCUGUAUUAUAUAUCAGACAUGACGUGUUU